UAACCUCACUUUAGUCUCUCACCGGAUUUUUCUUGCAUUUUUUGGUCAACAAAUUACAAAAUAGUCUGUUAAUUUUGUUCUUUAGGGCAAAUAGUUACUGUUUUAGUACUCUUCAUUAGUUUGCUGUGGUUGGUACCAAAUAAUCCCAAGUAUUUCGUGGUGUCAUGCGUGAUCCGUGGAUUUGAUUGUCAUCACUGAAAGUGGCAACUCAAAGUUGUUAUCAGUGGCUAAACAACUCGUCCCAAAUUUUUGCUCCAUUGAAGUAAGCUGACGGCAAGAUGACUGAAGAUCCUUUCCUUUCAGAAUUGAUUACCAAUGACCCGAAUUCUUUAUUUGAGAAGUACAAUAAAGAUGAGAUAGAACGAGUUCAUUCGAAGUUAAGUUCGGAGAUUGAGAAGAAGAAAGAAGAGUUACGCACAAUGGUGGGGGAGAGGUAUCGCGAUCUCAUCAAUGCUGCUGAUUCAAUCAAAAGUAUGGAGGUAUUGUCAUCAAAAAUCAUAGACGAUGUCCAUGACCUGUCUGAAUUCUGCUCCUCCUUGAAAGAAAAAAUAAAUUUUAGACAUCAAAGUUCUUUGAAAAAGAACCUGGAAACAAGUGACGAAGACAGAAGAAACAAUAUUGUCGCCCAGUUGAAAGUUAUCAUGGAUUUGUCUAAAGAAAUUUGGCAUUGUGUUGAUGAGGAGCAGUUUUUGAAAGCAACAUUAUUAUUUCAACUUGUAUGCUUCAUGAAAACAAGUCUAGAUAUUCAUCAUCAGUAUAGUUUAGAAACAGAAUUUCCUGUUGUCAAGCAGAUAUGGCAAUCAAUAGCAAAUUUCCAGCCUACAAUCAUAGAGAAUUCUGAAAACAAGCUACGGUCUAGCUCUUUAGCACUUGAGGUUGGCUGUGAAUGUGUAUGCAGCCUCCUACUUUUAGAAAAUUUGACUUUUGAAAAAUUGGAAACAAAGUUUUUAAAACUUCGAUCCGAUGCUUUGAAAUCUUGUUUUGAAGGAACAGAAGAGGUAUCAGUCAUCAAGUCUUGUAUUGCAAGAAGUUUAUCUCUUGUGUCGAACACAUUGCAUACAUUUUACUUCUAUUUUCUUGAAAAUGAUUUGGCUGCAAAGGGUUUGGUUGUGGAACAAUUACUGAAAAUUACUGAUCAUCAGAGUUCACCACUACUGCUCCAAUUCAAAUUGACAGAAGAAGUACAGCUACGAAAAUUCCUUCCACCUCUCAUUCAAAAUUUCAGACCUUCAGUAUCGCAAGAAGUAAAGCUAGACGGUUUGGACUCCACUGCUACUUGUAAUCGCAUCUCUAGUUGGUUGAAAUGGGCAUCUGAUGUAAUCAGUUUAGAUGGGAAGAAGCUAUUCAAAGUAGUAGAAACAUCACGAAGUCUUCGAGCACUCCAAGAGCAUGAUUCUAGUUACAUUUCUGACUGGCCAGAAGUUGUUCAAAAGCUCAAUCUGCAAAUUGAUCUAAAUCUGUGGAACUACUUCUACUAUCCUUUGUUUAUGAACAGGGCCAAAGAAUUGCUGUCUCAGCGUUGGGAACUAACUUUUAAAUUAUUGCUCGAUAAAGUUGAUGUAAUUUUAAAAGAAGCGAAUAGUACUGAGAAGAAGGAACCAGAGCAAGACUUGAAGUGGUUUGUAUGGACAGAAUCUUCCUCCGAUUUGGAAUUCAAGUCAUCUGUGAAAAAUAAAGAAUCAAAUGGAUUGUUUUUAAAAUCUAAAGGAUUUUCUCCCCGAAUUGCUGUAUUAUGCAAUGCUCUGCAAACAUUAUUGUUGGGUCUGUUAGAAGAUCUUGCUAAUUUAGCUCCCGAUACAAGCUCCGUCCAAAGUAUUAAUAUUGAUGAGCUUAAAGCCCACCAGGAAACUUGUUGCUCUACACUAAUUCGCAAUCUUGUGAAAUGGAUUGAAUCCAAAGUGUCUAGUAUGGAUUCAUUAACUCAUGUAAUAAUUUUGGCUCGUUUUUGUGUUGCAUUACCUGUUCUUUGCCCUGCUUUACAAGAAUGUCUGUCUACAGAAGCAUGGUUAGAGGCUAACACAUUCUUACAAAAUGCUAAUAAAUCAGCGUGGAAUGUAUGGUUAAAAUUAAUAACACCCAAAUUAGAGGAGGAUUUGAAACGAGAUCUAGAAAUACCGAUUGAUGUCUCACAAUUUUUGCUAAACCAUCCAUCUUGGGAAGUUGUCAGAAUAGAAGAGGCAAAUGAACAAAAUGUUCUCAUAACAUCUGAAUUAAAUGUUCCUUGCUUGCCUAGUUUUCAAAUUCAGUCCGUAAUAAGCAAUAUUAGUAAUUUAAUUUCAACACUCUCCUUGAGUCCAUUUGUAAGGGAUGAGCUGAUCAAUUUUGUUGUUGAAAAAAGUCUACUAAUUUAUGAUGUGACUACAUCUGAUCCAAAAGCUCUUCAAAUCCACCAUUUGCAAUGUUUGUUUGAUGUAAAAUUUUUGUUGACGGCAGUCGUUCCGCCCGAUAGCAAGCAUGUCAUUAGUCUUUGUAAUGAAGCAAUUUCAAAAAUUGAACAGAAAAUGGACCCGUUUGAUCUUGAUGUCAUUAGUCCACACUUACACAAUAAUGUUAAAAAAUCAUUGUAUAGAAUUCAUUGUUUGUACGGUAUUCUUUCACCGGAGAAACACUUCUCAUUGAAGCCGCAAGAAAGUUCAAGCUUAAAGGCAGAGGAGCCUGUCGUUAUUCCUGUGAGAAAUAAUGGGCCAUGGUUUCCUUUACUUCCGAUCACGUCGCAAAGUAGCAAUAGGGCUUCCUCAUCUAUUCUAAAACCUAUCCCUGUGAAAAGUAGUCCUGCUUUAGAGGAACAACCUAGCAAAUCUAUUUCCUCCAGUAACUCAUUUUUUGGUGUCUCAGAUUGGUUCAAGUAAAAGGAAGUUAGUGAUAUAAAAAGUAAAUCUCUCCUGUGGGAAUAGAUUUUUGUUGGAAAGUAUCAAAAACCAACGAGUACCGAGGAAGUCUGCCAUAUAAACUGAGAAAAUGAAAUUGCAUUGACUUGAUAGGCUGACGUCAGUUGAAAAAUUAGUUGGAAUUUGGUGAUAAAUCCAGAGUAUAGAGUAUGAGGUUCAUAGCAUUCCAAUCAGGUAAUCGCAAAUUCUACCUCUGCUCAAGAGACAUGGUAUUUAAGUGCAGACAAUGAUAGCAAAUUAAGAUUUUCAAAGAUUGAGGUAGGUUGGUAUGCAGUGUGAAGGAAAGUUUGUGUGCUUCAAUUCAGAUUGAUAUGAUGAGGUAUGCGUAGGCCACGUUCUUUGAAAAAUUAGAAAAUCUGACCAUUGAAAGAGCAUUUUCCAAACAUCCUACUGAGGGCAAACUUUUUCUUCCUUAUUAAAGUACCUAUCCAGGAGCAGUUUUGCACAUGCUAGUUCAAAGAGUGAA